UCUGAAUUUAGAUUGUUAUGACGUCUCGUGUUGGCUCUGCAAACUUGUCUCGUUUGAGAAUCAAUUCAACUCAAUCCAAGGGCUGAGUAGCAACAAAUACAGAACAGCCUGAAAAGGGAACUAACCAAAUGUGAUGGGAAAUAAAAUGGAUGCUUAUCCAAAAGUAGAAAAUCAAGUAUGUUUUUUGAUUUGAUCAAUAAAAAUGCCUCUUGAGAGUUACACUCUUGGGAAGCUCAUUGGCAAGGGAAGCUAUGGUCAAGUCUCUCUUGCCCGCCACAAAAGAGACAAGAAGCAAUAUGUCAUUAAGAAGAUAGAUUUACAUGAGGCCUCUGACAAGGAAAGGUUGUUUGCACAACAAGAGGUUCAAAUUCUGUCUAAGCUUAAACAUCCAAACAUUGUCUCAUAUAAAGAGUCUUUUCAAUCUGGAGAUGGUUUCUUACAUAUUGUAAUGGGUUACUGUGAAGGAGGAGAUCUUUAUUCAAAGUUGAAAGAACAAGCAAAACAAAAUGAACUUUUAGGUGAAAGACAAAUAGUUGAGUGGUUUGUGCAAAUUGCAAUGGCUUUGCAGUACAUGCAUGAUAGAAAUAUUCUUCAUCGUGACUUGAAGACACAAAAUAUCUUUCUUACCAAGAGCAAGAUCAUCAAGGUUGGUGAUUUGGGCAUUGCUAGAGUUCUUGAGAGCACAUCUGACAUGGCAACCACCCUGAUUGGCACACCAUACUACAUGUCACCUGAACUUUUCUCAAACAAACCAUACAAUCACAGGUCUGAUGUUUGGGCUCUUGGCUGCUGUGUUUAUGAAAUGACGACGCUAAAGCACGCCUUCAACGCCAGAGACAUGAAUGCAUUGGUUUAUAAAAUUCUCAAAGGAAAGACGCCUCCAAUGCCAAAACAGUACAGCGACGAACUCAAUGGUAUAAUUAAAUCGAUGUUAAUGAACGAUCCAGCUGACAGGCCAAGUGCAUCGAAAAUUUUGCGCCAUCCUUACGUCAAAAAGCACAUCGCAUUGUUUUUGGAGGGAAAGAAGCCAAGGAACAGUGACAAAGAGAAAAUCAAGAAAAAGGUCGAUUCGAAGGUGACGUCACAGCCAGAUGCUGCAGAAGAGAAUCCUGCAGCAAUUGCGACUGCAUCUGGAAUAGAUCUAGACAUUGUUAAUGAUGACCGAAAGAAUGACUAUGUAGUAAAAGGCAGUGAAAAUGAUGCAAAGUCCCAUGAACAAUUUGAGGAAGAAAGACCGGUUGAAAAAGAGAUUUCAGAGAAAAAACCAGAGAAAGUGCAGAAAGGACCGACAUUCCCUUCGCAUGAGCGGGAAGAAACAGCGCAGGAGCGUGUGAAAGCUGAGCCGCGUGGCGAGAAAGCACAGCCUAAAAAGAUACAGAGAGUAUUGUCAGCUGAUAACAAAGAUGAAGAUCAAAGGAAAAGACGAAGUCACAAAGGCAGAAAGCAGUCAGGGUCACAUUCAAACAGUCCCUUUGAAAAGCCAAUUCAAGUGAAAAACCCCCGUCCCUUGCCGCCAAGACCUGGGGCUGAAGGUGAUUGGGAAAAGCGUGGAAGGAGCUUAACUGACCCAGGAGACAAAGACAGCGAUCACCCAGAGCAAGUGAAACUUCCAAAGCCAUCAGUUGGUGUUCCAAAUGAAUCUGCAAGACAAAGACGAAGAAUGAAAAUGGCUGGGGAAGGUUAUCCACAUCCUCCUGUGGUCAGAAAAUCGUCAAGUCAGUCUCAUUCUGUCUCAGCUUCAAGAGACAGUGAGAAUGCCCAUGGUAGUCGAAAGAAAGUCUCUGGUAAGAAGGCCGCUGCAGUCGACGAGUCAGAUUCAGUCGAUGGGAUACCAGGAAACAACUCUUCUGAUGGUGAUGACAGCGGAAACGAAGCUGACGUUGAUCAGAGAAGAAAAGUUUCCAGGGAUAGUGCGAGCAUUGUCAGCGAGCAGAGUGGUGGAGAUAUCACAGAGCUGAUUGGAACCAUGCAAGCGACAUUGAACAUGGAUGUCAGACCACUGUCCGGUCGAUCGUCAACAUCAUCUCCAGAAGGAGUGUCUGAAUCUUCUUCAUUCGAAGCCGAAAAUGAACAUCCGUCGUUAUCACAUACUGUCUCUGGAAGACUUAACGAUAGAAUCGAACGCCUUAGAAGAGAGUGCAUUCGCGGUGUUGGCGAGGAAUUGUUGCGUAAAGCGUUUCAAAUUCUGGAGAAAGAGGAAGACGAUUUAGAGAGUGCGUUCAUUGCUUUAAUGGGGCUUGAAAAGUUUGAAUUAUAUGGAGAUGCAAUACAACAACUUAAAUUUUGUGAAGAGUUUGCCAAGCGAUCGAUCUGAUCGGGCCUCAAACCAGCGCAAAAUUUUGCCACGAAAGACCUGCAUCUUCAAAACCAAACAGUCAGAAUAUAUUUCAGUGAGACAGAUGCAUAGUAAUAAGUGGUUGGCCGGUAGCUGCAAAAAAGAUAUCGAAUUGGUAUUUUUAGAGUAAAGUGAACGCUUUUAUUUAAAAUGUAAGUAGAAUAAUCCAUGAAGCAUCUUAUAAGCAGUUCAGUAUCCUUACAGUAUUAACUUAUGACAGCUUUUCGCAUCUACUUAAAGUUAUGCUUUCCGCUUUGUGUCUUUGUGUCUUUACAAUAAUAUUUAUCACACUUCACGUGCUUUAACUAGCUUGUGUUGUAUGUCGUAGAAUGUCUGGCGUAGCCGUAUUCUGCGAAAAGAACUCCACUACGAACUAGUUUAAGUCUCUUGAUGCUCAAACAUUGUGAGUAACUCGAAAUCAAUAUCAGAUCUUUCUAAUGUAUGUUGUAUGUUUUACGAAAAUGAAAGACAGAUACUUUUUAGAACUACAGUUGUUAAGAACUGUUAGGGAUGCUGAGAGUAUUAAACUUUGCAAUUGAGAAUAAGCAUUUUGUCGGUCAAAUAUAACUGCUUAAGUAUGUUUUAAUUUUGCGACUAUUGGCGACUAAAUUGCCAAUUUGAAGCGUUACAUCCAUGAUACCAAUCACUGGGUAAAUCUACAUGCUUUCUUUAACUUUGUUGCCCUUUAUUACAAUAUAAAAACCCCGAAAAGUAUGAAACUUGCUGCAACUUUUAGAAUAUUUCCAUACAUACUUUUACGGUUCUGUGUCAUGUUUGAUUUUUUGUCAUUGUAAGCCUGAAAAAUGCUGGCAGAGAAAAUAUUCUUCCAAGAAAAAAAACUAACAACAUGAAAGCUUUACGUCUUCCUAUUCAAGGCUUACUGUUUUUCGGCCAUUUAUUUUGGUUCUAAUUGGCACAGCAAUUGUCAAUUUAUCAUUUGUAGGAAUUUGCAAGCUUUAGGUUUGGUAGAAGAAUCAAGACCGAAAGGAUAAGGAAAAUUUAAGUGUAUUUCAAUCAUAAGUCAAAUUGAAUUGUGUCAGUUAUUAAGUUCAGUUUAAUUUUUCGUUUAAUUUGUAAUUUAUAUGAACAAAAUGAAUAACGUAGAUAAGCAAUGAAUCCAAGUGUUUAUGGUAAAGAAGUUUUAAUGAUAAUUUCGUUUUCAAUUAGAAACUGUAUCCUCUUAA